CUUUGGUGCGUUGUGCCUCUUUAGUUUUCUUCUGUCUUUUUAUGUCUUUCUUUUUAGAUAUAUAUUUUUGAUGGGUUUCACCCUCUCUCUCUCUUAGUGUUUGUUGGUUGUAUCUUUCAAAUUGAUUUUAACAAAGAGUUUUAUGGACAAAUCUGUUUCUUAUUUAUGGUUUCUUUCAAAUAUUUUGUCAAUUUUCGGUGUUCUGGUAUUGUAGGCUUUGUAUCUCGCUGAUUUAAACUUGGGGAUCCUUUUGUUCCAUGGAUCUAUUUAGAGUGAUGCCGUUGUGAUUGUGCAUGCCUAGUUAAGUUAUAUGGACUUCCAACCAAAAUUAAAUUAGUGAUAAGUGGAUUUUCUCAUCUAGCUUAUAUAUUAAUUAGGAUUCAUUCCACCUAUCGAUGUGAGAGAUUUAGAGAUGGGCUCGCGUCUUUGGUACUGGCCAUCUUCAUUAGUUUGGUGCUCCAGUUUUGGUGUUCAGAUCUAUUGCUAUCGUCCUCUCCUUCUUCGACGUAGCCGUGAAAUUUUACGGCGUUAAACGCAAGAUUUGGUGCCAGGCACGGUGAUGAUGCAGAUACCUACAUCAGUCAAACGAAUAAAAUUUUUGGGAAAAAAUUGCCGCAGCCACAGACACAUAUAUUUGCGGCAGCCAAACAAACAGUACUAGUAACAAAAAAAAAGUGAUGGAAUAACCCCUCAAAAUGUAAGGAAUCUUGCAACGUCUGAUGAGAAGUGAAGAUGACAUUCCACGAACAGAGAUUAUUAUGAGAUGCCACCACGGCAGAGAAAUCAGAAAUCGAAAUCUAGGGUUCCUACAAUGACGGCGCCUGAAUCAAUCGCCUUAGCGAUUAACCAAAUCGACGAGAAGAAGCAAAAGCUAAAGAAAGCCUUCGACGACCUUCAAGCUCACCGAUCUCUCCUCUCCCCAUCUCUGAACCUCUCCUGGUCCGACAUCGACACGCACUUCACCUCUCUCCAGUCUUCACUCUGUAACCGCUUCCGCCUCCUCCAAUCCAACAAAACCGAACCACCCCCCGAGAAUACAACAGAGACACCGCUCCUCUGGCCGGAAUUAAAAACGUUCUGCGAGAACAUGGACGGAAAAGGCUUGGGGAAGUUCAUGGUUGAUAACUCGAAGAAGCGUUUAUCCAUCAACCCGGAGCUCGCACAAGCGGUUCGAUCCGCAUCGAAUCCAGCAGCUUUGGUUCUUGACGCGAUCGAAGGCUCUUACCAUUGUUCUCCUUCGUCUUCGCCCAGAGCCAUCGAUGCGAGAAGAGUGUUCGUUUUGUUGUUGGAAGCUUUGCUUGAGAUCAAACCGAAUCUCACGAACGAGUUGAGAGAGAGAGCGAGGACGCUUGCUUCUGAUUGGAGAUCGAAUAUAGGUACCAAACCAUCAGAAGCGUUAGGGUUUCUUCACUUGGUCGUAGUCUUUGAUUUAGGUUCUGUCUUCAAGAUGGAGGACCUUCUUGAUUACGUUUUCUUGAUUUCCAAGUACAAACAAGCUACGACUUUAUCUAAGAAGCUUGGUUUAGAUAAGACCAGAGUGGCUGGUCUUGUUCAGAAGCUUUUGCAUACUGGGAGGUUACUUCCCGCGAUUACUUUUAUUUAUGACUUUGAGAUGACUGAUAGGUUCCGACCAGUUAAUGUUUUGAAAAAUAGUUUGUUCAACUCUAGAGAAGCUGCUAAGAGGGUUUGCGCCGAAGGGGGGAACACUCUCAAGGCGCAGAACGAAGCUACUGAUAAAGAGCUUAGUGCGUUGAGACUGGUGAUCAAAGUGGUUAAGGAGAGGAACCUCGAAUUUGAGUUUUUUGAAGAGAAUCUUGAAGAAUGCGUUCAAGAGUUGGAGAAUCUGAGAGCUCAGAGGAGGCAAGCCCCUAAGCUCGCUUCCCCUGCUAAUCCCCAGAAACGACCUCGUGUCGCUACGGGUAACAAUUUGACUACCCGGACACAGAGUCAGCAACCGCCGCUUUUGCCUGAUCCUAGGCACAAUUUACAAGUGAAUCCAUUUGGUUUUGUGAACUCAACAGUGCCUCCUGGUCUUAAUGUUCCAUAUGGGAACCCAUUGGCUCCAUAUGGAUCGGUUCCAGCUCCAGCUCCAGCUCCAGCUCCAGCUAUAGCGUCUCGACCUGUCUACUAUGAACAGCAGGCUGGAUAUGGGUUACGACCUCAAUACCGACCACCUUACUUUCCUCAGUAGCGAUGUUUAAAUAUGAGACGAUUUUCUGGUCUAAGGAGGUAGGCUCUAUGUGUGUAUGAUGUUCUGUAUUUGACACAACGUAAAUUAUCUUAAAGUUUUACAGAUAAGAUACUUGAUAUGAUUGCUGUUCUUGCGAUGGUAUAAAAGAAAAUUAAUCAUCUGUUGUACGUCUUGUUGUAGCAGAAAACAACCCAUUUUUUU